GCUCGUAGAUUUGCGUGCGGACGCGCUCCACAUCGCCCUGUCGGCUCUCGAGCGCUACCCGGUGCUGGAGAGCUUGGAGAUCGUCCACUGUGAGCUCGGCCCGAAGCUCCCGCUGCUGCUGAAGGCCCUGGAGAAGAUCAAGCUUCCGCAGCUCCACCUGCAGCAGAACGAGCUGCUUGAGGAGGGCACUCGCCAGGUCAUCGAGGCCUUGGCUUUGCAGUCCAACGGGACGCUUGCGGCACUGAGUCUCGGGCACGACGACAUCGGCGUCGCUAAUGUCAAGGCUUUGGCCGAGGCUCUGCGGACAAACAGCGCUUUGAUCGAGCUGAACCUGAGCCACGCCCGCCUAAGCAUCGAUGGCAUCAUGGCUCUCGCCGAGGCAAUCAAGCAGAAUCGUGCCCUCAAGCAGCUGAGCCUUGCUGGUGCCAGCCUGCUUGAGGUUCUGAAAAAAAGCGAGGUGGAGCGACAGCUCGCUCUGGCGGGCUGCGAUUGGGGCGAUUUGGGCAAGGCCGAAGCACUGGCACUGGCCAGGGCCGUCCGGACCGGCCAGGUGACGAACGUCACCCACCCGGCGCUGGAGUUCCUGUGCAUGUUGGAGGCUCGCGUGCUCUCUCUGAAGCGUGGCAAGUUCUUCAUCACUUCGGGUCCGACCGAAUGA